UGGAAGUUCCGAGUAGAUGAAACUGAGCAAAUACCAACUGACGUCAAUUGGAAAGCCGAAACUGCAGAGAUGGAGAAGCAAGCAUUGGAACCACUGAUGGAUUUGGCACAACAUAUCAACAAGGAAAAAGAUGUCCAGAGUGACAGUUUACCGUGUACAAAAAAUACAGUGUCCAAGCCGAGGCUCCAAGUCAGUUUCACUGAAACAAAGGAGGCUGGAGACAAUAAUACGAAAAAAGAAGAGCUUACGACGAGAUUAGAAAAUGCAAUGAGCAGAUUACAACAGUGUCAACAGCAUAUUGAUGCAAACUGGAAUCUCGACUACUCUGUGCUUGAUAUUGAGGAGGGCAUUAGUGACGAAGGAGUCCAGCUGCCAGAACAAGUAGAAGCACACAUUAAGGAUAUCAUCAAAUCCGCUGAAGAGUAUUUAGCCAAAUUAGAUGAACAGUUGAAUGACCUCAGAAAUGCAGACGACCAGAUAAUAAACAGCAGUGAACGAACAUUGAAGAACAUUGAUGAAACAUAUCAGCUUAUAUUGGACAACUUGUGUAAGGAGAUCAAGAAGAGACGAGAUUUAGUGAAAUUGGAAACCGAGGUGCUUAAAUGCGAAGGCCUUGCUCCCUUGAGAGCCUGCAAACAAGAAGUAGACGCUCAAAUUCGCAGCACUCGACAUCUCAUAGUGUUAACAGAUACUAUGCUCACAAAUCCUGUUACCUUCAACAGAGACAGACUUGGAAAGAUUAUCACCGCCACGAGCCACAUGGGGAGGAUACCAGCAGUUCCGAUGCUCGAGGAGCUACCCUACGUGACUUUCAGUCCACCUAGUGAGGAAGCAAAGAAAGAAAUUCUAGAUCGAAUAUCGUGCUUGGGCUGUGUGUUGCGAAUGGGUCCUGCACAGUUUACAGAAGUACUUGAUCGACCAGCAGGUCUACGGCUAAAGUGGCACAUUGUAGAUCCUGAGUAUGCUUCCGAGGAGCAAACAUUCAUAGUGCAAAAAGCACUAGGAGAAAUUAUCGAGCCGACUUCACCUGCUUUUGAAACUGUUUACGUAGGCCCUGACACGUCAUGUUUCAUCAGAGAAAUACCCGUCGAUCAACCAAUCACCCUAAGGGUGGGAAUCCAAAUGCCCGACACUGCUUGGAGCAUUCAUCGAAUUACCCGAACUUCAAUACCAGCCUACUCUUGGGACAUGAACAAUGCGGACUAUCUUGUUACAAACAGUGGCCGAAUUGCUACCAAGAUUACACGGAAUCUUAGUACACUGUUAUCUCGGAGUGCACAGUUCGGCACGGACCACAUCAUAGAGUUCAAAUUCUUAGAGACAGCUUCAGGGAGCAAUGAUGAAGGAAUUGGACUAGUACUAGAACCUGAUGGUGUGAACGAAAGCUUGAAGAGGAGCAGAGCACUUUUGAUAACGCCAAAUGGUAACAUAUUCAUAGACGGAGAAGAGAAGCUGAUGCAAUUGCCCAAAAUGCAAUUGGGCACAAGGAUAAUAUUCACGAGUGAGAAAAAGGAUGACGAUACGCUCAGGAUGACCAUAGAAUGCGCGAACAAGGCCGUUACUUACGACUGGACUAUACAAACACCACUGCACUUUGCAGCCAGAUUUUUAGAACACAACAAAUGGAACUUUAUGAUCAAAUAG